AUGAGGCUAUUGCUACUGCUGUCUUGCAUCUGUUCGCUCUUUCUGAGUAUCCCAACAGUCAGCGCGGCGACGGGCACUAGAGAUGAACAUUCCUCUGAACUUAGGGGGGAGAUGAGUUCUGAGGCGUUCACCCCGCCAAAGGCUCCCCCUCCAACUGAGGUCACUCAUACUACAGGAACAGGAGGAGUCUCUGCCAUUCCAUCACCCGAAUUGCUUCGUGCUCAGCUUGAAGCGAGGCGACGCUCUCCAGGUUGGGAAAAGGGAACGGUUCGGGAGCAUAAGGACAACAGCGUCCUACAACAUGGAGAGGCUCACAAGAAAACAGGCAUCAGCAGAAUGAAAGUGCUACAGCUCUUCCCAGCAUUCCUUAUGGCAGUCGCCUUACUAAGUAUUUUUGCGCUUUUUAUCUCGGAGUAUAAGAGAGGGGUCGUGACGGCAGGUUCCGUGUUUCCUCCCACACUCGUGCCUGAAGAUGUCCCCUCUGCCGUUGAUAGUAUCUUGGCUGCCCACAAGACGGUAGUUUUUCUGAAUGAGUACGCUGGCUAG